GUUGAGCAUGCAAACAGGUUUACGCCUCGUCUGGACAAGAAGAAGCUUUAUUUGUCAGGUUUUGUGAACAUUUUGCAGAAAUAACGAUUAAUCGCUCUUGUCAGGAUGUCCUACAGCUUGAAACACACCUUUGCUGCGCUGCCUCGUACCCAAAGAGGCCGGAGGCUUUGCAUUAAAGGCGAUCCAAAGGGGAAAUACAUACUGUAUUCGUUUAAUAAGGGUGUCAUUAUCAGAGAUGUCGAGAAUCCGAUGAAUGCUGAUGUGUAUUCUGAGCAUGCUCAUGAAGUAUCUUCAGCUUGCUAUGCCCCAAGUGGUUUUUAUAUUUGUUCUGGAGAUGUAUCUGGUAAGGUGAGGAUCUGGGACACAACGCAAGCCGAACAUCCAUUAAAGGCAGAUUAUCAGCCACUUGGUGGAGCAAUAAAAGAUAUUGCUUGGUCGCCAGAUAGCAAAAGAAUAGUUGUUGGUGGGGAAGGUCGUGGAUUGUUUGCACAUGCAUUUCUUGCGGAUACUGGGUCAAGUGUGGGCCAAAUGAUGGGCCAUUCAAAAACUGUGAACACAGUUGACUACAAGUCAUCUCGUCCCUUCCGUGUGAUCAGUGCAAGUGAGGAUUUCAGUUCAGGUUUUUAUGAAGGACCUCCAUUCAAAUUGAAGUUCACCAAUAAGGAGCACUCCAACUUUGUAAAUGUUGGGAGAUUUUCACCAAAUGGUGAACGAUAUGUGACCGGAUGCAGUAGUGGAAAGCUCUACAUCUAUGAUGGUAAAACUGGUGAACAUACUGGUGAAAUUGGAAGUCCUGCGCACAAAGGAGGAAUCUAUGAUGUCUCAUGGUGUUCAGAUAACAAGCAUCUACUGACAGCCUCUGGUGAUAAAACUGCAAAAAUUUUUGAUGUUGAUGCAAACACAUGUGUCCAAGAGUUCACAUUUGGUUCGGAUGUACUUCACCAGCAAUUAGCCUGCCUCUGGAUGGGUGACCAUCUCUUAACCAUUGAACUAUCCGGUUACAUCAACUACCUUGACAGGGAAAACCCCAGUCAGCCAAAGAAAGUUUUGAAGGGUCACAACAAAAAUAUCACCACAUUUGCAGUCACGGAAGACAAGUCACAUAUUUACACUGCGAGUUACGAUGGUCAAAUUUAUUGCUGGGAUGUAAGUAACGGAAUGUGUGAAGCAAUCUCUGGUAAACAUCACUCAAAUCAAGUCUCUAAGAUUGCAAUUAGUGGAUCAAAUCUCUACUCUAUCAGUAUGGACGAUUCGUUUAGGGUAACUUCAACAGAAACAAACGAAUACAGUGGAGACAGCAUAGCUUUCGAUGCUCAACCAAUCAACCUGGCAGUGGGAAAAGAUGGUUUAGCAAUGAUCAUCUGUGUUGAUCAAACGAUUGUUGUUACUCGCAACGGAAAGAAAGUCGCCAGCAAGAAGUUUGAUUUUCAGCCAUCCGCAGCCAGCAUCCAUCCCAACCAAACGGAAAUUGCAAUUGGAAGUCAAACGAAACCUGAGUUGUAUGUGUAUAGCCUGGAUAAUGACACAAUCGGGGAGUUGAAGAAGACUGUGGAAAGUCUUACUCGCGAGGUAUCUGUGCUCGAGUAUUCCCCCGAUGGCGCAUUCCUUGGAGUUGGUAUGGCUGGAAAAGACGUUACCGCUUUUAAAACAGCUGAUUAUUCGGAAGCAUCGCGGGCUUGGAGCGGACACAGCGGUCGUAUCACCUCGCUCAGCUGGACAUCAGAUUCCCGGCACCUCGCUUCCGGCUCUCUUGAUUCAAACGUCUUCAUUUGGGAUACUGAAUCAAUCAAGAAAACCGUCAUAAAAGGCGCUCAUCGCCUUAGUAAUGUCGUGGGUGUUCAGUGGUUGAACGACAACCAACUCACUACAACAGCGGCAGAUUGCUCUAUCAAAAUCUGGGAUAUUGUUCAUCACUGACGAAAAUUUGCCUCUUAUGUUACCAAAGAAGCCACCCUUAAUAUGUGCGAUUGCUCGGCGUGAGGAAAACUUGACAGUCACUAUAAUUUGUAUUAAUUUUUACAUAGAUUCAUUCCACCUUGUUUAUAUAGAAUAAAUUUAUUAUUUUCUAAA